AUGCCGAAUCAGUCGGGGGUACUGAGAUGCAUGUAUUGUAACGACACGUUUCAGCGUAGCGGCCACCUUCAGCGUCAUUUGCUUCGGCACUCAGGCGCAAAGCCUUUUGCUUGUAGAGCUUGCCCGAAGUCUUUCUCAAGAAAAGAUACAUUACUUCGGCACGAAGCCACUCACGACCGGCUCGGUUCACAUCAAAACGAUAGCAGAAAGCCUUUGAAAGCUUGCGCUCCUUGUGUUCAAGCUAAACAGCGCUGCUAUGGUGGGAAUCCCUGUGCACGAUGCGAGCAAAAGCGUUCUUUCUGCGAGAGCAGGGUUGAGCAGAACAAUAGCUCGGUCUCCUCUGCGCCGCAGACAGGAAGCUCGCCGACAAACGGAAAUCUGCCUGGAGGUCCUGAAAGACAAGGUUCGAUCGUGUGUUCGCCUUCUCUCCCGCUAGUUCCAGUGUCCGAGUCUACACCUACUGAACCGUAUACACAAGUCUUCACCACGCCUCCUCCAGAUCCUAUGUCUAUUUCAACUUCAUUGGGCGAUUCCUUACCAGAAGAGACGAACAGUGCAAGCUGGCCUGUUCUUUUUCCCUUGACGGAUUCCAUCGUUACAGAGGACCAAGGCUUGUUCUCGGACUAUCUUCCGCACGACAUGCGUUGGGCCAAUGAUAUGACCUUGAACUAUGGUUUCCCAUUCGCGUGGAUGACGCAGCCGUUCGAAAGUCCUUCUCGGGGUCCUCAUAUCUUAGGCCAGGGUAUAUCGGACCUCUCCAUGCUCCACAAUGACAAUCUAGCCGCUCUGCAGACCUGUGAACCUUUAACAGGUACUACUGGUGGUCCCACUGACCGCGGCGAAUCAAGGACUUGCGAAAGUCUGGAAGCGACCCUCAUUCCCACGGCAGACGUCUGCCCAUCUUUCCCUAUGCUUCAAGAAGAGGAGCUGCACAGCACUAGCGCUGAGCUCUUUGGUUAUGUCAACCAGAUUCCGGAAACGGCCUAUACUGCGCUACGCAAGUUCUACAUCUCGAAACAUGGAUUUGAUGACAUGUCUUUCCCUCACAGCAGAUUACUUCAUUCGUUCGUGGAGCUGUGCUUCGAGUACUUCGACCCUCACCUUCCAUUCCUACAUCCCAUGAGAGUGCAGACAGAAGACCUCUCUUGGACACUCCUCACAGCGGUCGCCGCAAUUGGAAGUCAAUACUCGGACGUCAGAGACGCUUCUAAGUUUACUAUAGUCUUGCAGUAUAUCCUAUCGAAAGCUUUGCCAACUACGAAUCUUCAAACUAUCGCCAAAAAGUCCGAAACAUCACUAGUACAGAGUGUGCUCCUGCGAGAUGUCGGGCUCAUGUUCUCUGGCUCUAUAUUGGACCAGACCGUGUUGCAGCAGGAGAAGAACGUGCUCAUAACAUUGUGUCGCGGUCUGGCUACUCUCAUUGAGUUCCCUGACACAGAAGAAUACAUGGGUGACCAGGAGCUAGAUGAUAGAUGGCUGGCUUGGUUACAGAAGGAAGAAGUUGUCCGGUUGGUGCAUUGCGUGUAUUUAAUGGAGUGCCUUCAGCUGGUAUUCUUUGACUUGCGUCCACAUUUCAGGCUCACGGACUUUACGCAACGACUACCUUGCAACAGUAACAUUUGGAGAUGUCGUCAUGCUAAACAGUGGAUCGAAGAGAAGCAAAGAGGAUCCUCGGAAGAACUCGCACAACAACAUGAAGAUUUCUCGACUAAAAGCAGUAUUCUGAGCUUAUAUGCGGACGAGAGAGCAAUUCUGGACCAUUUACAAUCAUCACGGCGCUUGAAAGCACUCAUAAGAUCUGAGUCGGGAACUAGACUACAAGAACAGAGUACAUACUCUGCUCGAGAGAAGCUGUUAUCUUCCGGAACCUCGAUCGAAGACGUCAGGUUCUUGGACGCGGUAAUCGACGACGCCAUCAAGACUGGGUCUUGUGGACACUCGCAGAUAGAUUGCGGUAGGAACGACCCCAUCGCACACCUUAUCGCUAUAAUAAGGGAGAUUCCGUUGCGAAUGAUCUACGCCUCUGUGGGUUGGCAAGCAAACGACACCGAGAUGCAACGAUCCAGAAAAAAGUUAAAUGGAUACCUGCAAAGCAAUCAGAACACGGCCAGGAUUUGUCUCUGGCACGCAGCCCGGAUAUAUUCGUUCUCAAGAAGCCUUCGCUACCCUGUAUACUAUUCUUCACUAUCGUUUGCGAUUGCUUUCACUUAUAUUCUCCUUUACGACCAGAUUGUACAACGCCCAAAACCGCAGGGAAGUCUACUCCGUCUGGACAAAGUCUCUGACAAAUCCACUCUAGAUGCUUGGGUCAAAGGUGUAGGGGAAUUCAAACUACAUAUCACAGGCAUAGGAAUACUAGAUAGUAUCGACAGUAGUCGUAGGUUACUUGUUGAUGCGGAAAAGGCCUUGCGGUCUCAAAGGCCCUGGCGAGGCAUGGCGCAAGCACUCGCGCAUUGCUUCUCACUGAUGGGUCAAGGUCAAAAACCAAACGUAGGUGAUCAUCCACACGAUGUUAUAAGCUAG